AUGGCUUUAAACGAAAACCAAAUUUUGGAUUUAUUAAAUGAUGGGUACAACAGUGAUAUUGAUAUUCUGGAUGAAAACGACGAUCGUGACGAUGAAUUGGAAAUUCUUUUAGAUAAUUUCGAAAACGACGAUUUUCUCGGGUAUUUAGAGGCACUUCAUGAAGAAGAAGAUCAACUACAAGCAAAUGAAGUUGAACACGAAGAUAUUGACGAAACGCUUGAAAUUACAGGACCAAUUCAUACACCAGUUACAUUAGGACUUAAUUUUGUUCAAAAGAAAGACAUAGAGUGGAUAAACACGCUUUGUACUGCACCAAUAUUAGAACUUAAUGAUUUGGUUAUUGUCGACCCUCCAAUUGAUAUGCCAACACCAAUUGAAUAUUUCAUGAAGUAUUUUAAUAAUACGUUUUUUGAAAAUGUUGCUUUUAACACCAAUGUAUAUGCAGUGCAAAAUAACAGUAGUAAUUUUAAACCCACAAGUGCUACAGAAAUAAAAUCCCUAAUUGCUAUUCAAAUGAUAAUGGGUUGUUUGAAAUAUCCUAAAAAGGAAAUGUAUUGGACACGUAGAUAUCGUGUUAACAUUAUUGCGGACACAAUGACCAAAAACCGAUUUUUUUCCCUGAGACAACAUAUUCAUUUAAUUAAGAAUUUGGAUAUACCUAGAAACAAUAAAGAUAAAUUUGUUAAGGUACGUCCUAUUUAUGACACUUAA